AUGAGUCAUUUAAUGUCAUUACCAAUAGUUUUGUUAAAAGAAGGCACAGAUAAAUCACAAGGAAAAAGUCAAAUAAUUAGAAAUAUUAAUGCAUGUCAAAUAAUAGUUGAUAUUGUAAAAACAACUUUAGGACCUAGAGGAAUGGACAAAUUGAUCUAUACAGAUAAAGAAGUAACAAUAACAAACGAUGGGGCUACAGUUAUGAAUUUAUUAAACAUAACUCAUCCUGCUGCUUCAAUUUUAGUUGAUAUUGCAAAAUCACAAGAUGAUGAAGUUGGAGAUGGUACUACUUCAGUAGUAAUAGUCGCUGGAGAACUAUUAAAUGAAGCAAAGGGUUUAUUAAAUGAUGGAAUAGAACCUAAUAUGAUAAUAGAUGGAUUUAGAAAUGCAUGUAAUGUUGCUAUAAAUAAAUUGAAUGAAUUAAGCUUAAAUUUUUCUAGUAAAAAUGAAGAAGAAAAAAGAAAUAUUUUAUUAAAAUGUGCACAAACAGCUUUAAAUUCUAAAUUGGUAUCUAAUCAUAAAGCUUUUUUUGCUGAAUUAGUUGUUAAUGCUGCUUAUAAAUUAGGAGAUAAUCUAGAUAAAUCAAAUAUAGGUAUCAAAAAAGUAACAGGAGGAUCAUGUUUGGAUACUCAAUUAAUAUAUGGUGUAGCUUUUAAAAAAACAUUUUCUUAUGCAGGUUUUGAACAACAACCCAAAAAGUUUAACAAUCCAAAAAUUUUAUUAUUAAAUGUAGAAUUAGAAUUAAAAGCAGAAAAAGAAAAUGCAGAAGUCAGAAUUGAAAAUCCAAAUGAGUAUAAUUCAAUUGUUCAAGCAGAAUGGGAUAUUAUAUUUAAAAAAUUAAAUUUAAUAAAAGAUAGUGGUGCUAAUAUUGUUUUAUCAAAACUUCCAAUAGGAGAUAUCGCUACACAAUUUUUUGCUGACCACAACAUUUUUUGUGCAGGUAGAGUGGAAGAUGCAGAUUUAAAAAGAACUGCUAAUGCUACAGGUGCUGUUAUCCAAACCUCUUUAUUUAAUUUAAAUGAAAAUAUUUUAGGAAAUUGUGGAAUAUUUGAAGAAGUACAAAUUGGUAAUGAGAGAUAUAAUAUAUUUAAAGAAUGUUUAAAAACUAAAUCAGUGACAAUAAUAUUAAGAGGUGGAGCUAAACAAUUUAUUGAAGAAGUCGAAAGAUCAAUUAAUGAUGCAAUUAUGAUAGUAUUAAGAUGUAUGAGUAAUUCUGAAAUUGUACCAGGUGCAGGGUCUAUCGAAAUGCAAUUAUCAAAAUAUUUAAGAAUAUAUAGUAGAUCUAUAUGUAAUAAAGAACAAAUAGUUUUAUAUUCCUUUGCAAAAGCAUUAGAAUCCAUUCCAAGACACUUAUCACAUAAUGCUGGUUAUGAUUCUACAGAUAUUUUAAAUAAACUAAGAAAAAAACAUUCUGAAGGAACAAAUGAUAUAUGGUAUGGCGUUGACUGUUUAGAGGGAGAUAUAAUUAAUGCUUAUGAGCAUUGCAUAUUUGAAGUUACUAAAAUUAAAAGAAAUGUAAUAUAUAGUGCUACAGAAGCAGCUUGCUUAAUUUUAUCUAUUGAUGAAACUAUUAAAAAUCCUAGUAGUUCUGAAAAAGCACCUAGAAAUCCAUAUGCAUAA